AUGAAACAAAACUAUGAAAUGGUAGAAUUUUUGUCAGAAGAGGAAUUCUGGUCUCUGGCCAAGUGUAACAACUGCCCCUACACACCACAGGCUGUCAUUAUGGUAACUGCAUUGCAAAGAUUCCAAAACCAGCAUGGCCAAUAUGCCCUUAGGUUCACAACACAUGAGGACACAAGACAGAGCGCGCGGGCGCGGAGCAGCGCGCGGAAGGCCGGGCAGCGCUUCGGGUACCUGGUGGUGCUGGACUUCGAGGCCACGUGCUGGCGGGACGCGGGGCGCCGGCCCCCCGAGAUCGUUGAAUUCCCAGCAGUCCUGUUAAACACCUCAACGGGAGAGAUCGAGGCAGAGUUCCACACGUAUGUCCAGCCACAGGAGCAUCCUGUUCUCUCUGAAUUUUGUACAGAACUGACUGGCAUAACGCAGAAUCAAGUUGAUGAAGGCAUCCCCCUUAACAUUUGUCUAUCGCAGUUUUUGAAAUGGAUUGAAAAGAUACAAAAGGAGAAGAAAAUUAUAUUCAGUUCAGAUACUCCAAGUCGUUCUACUGCUGAGACAAAACCAUGUACCUUUGUUACUUGGACAGACUGGGACCUGGGGGUGUGUCUGCAGUAUGAGUGUAAAAGGAAGCAGCUGCGAAAACCUGACAUUUUAAAUUCCUGGAUUGAUCUGAAAGCUACAUACAGGGCCUUCUAUAAUAGGAAGCCCAAAGGGCUAAAUGGUGCUUUGCAGGAUUUGGGGAUAGCUUUUGCAGGACGGGAACAUUCUGGGUUGGAUGAUUCUCGGAACACUGCUCGUCUUGCUUGGAGGCUGAUUUGUGAUGGAUGUGUGCUGAAGGUGACUAAAUCUUUGGAUAAGGUUAGUAACUACUUCAUAUCUUUUCUCCUACUUUCUUUAACAUCAACCAUAAACUUCAUUGACAAGACUCCACUGGGAAGUAACAGCAGACAUGAAACAUCUAGAGAUGGAACUUGUGAAACAAACUGUCCAGCUGAGAAAAACCACAACAGUAUUGCUGGAAUGACAACAAAUUCUGAUGUACAAACUGAAGAACGUCAGACCACUUGCAGUGACUCCUCUGCAGAUGUCCAUGCCAUGCCUAGCAGCAGCUCAAGGACUGAGUUAUAUGUCCAAGCCCAAAGCUCCUUAACAGCACCCACUGACAGACUUCCUGUUCCCCUGGAGCAGGCACAGCAGCCUCCCCGUCCUGUGCCAAGAGGCAUUUGGCAGGGCCUGGGCAGUGGGGCAGCGCUGGGCACUGCUAGACACAGCCCCCCAGCACCUGGGGCAGGAUUAGUGCUUGUCUCUACUACCAUCCCCUCAGUUAGUAUCUCCAGUGAGGACAUCAGUACUAGUUCUGAUUGCUUAUCUCUGCUGACUGACUGGGAAGAUGUUGCUUUAAUACCAGAAUCUCAAUACGAAAAAAAUUCAGACUGUGUUCAAUUCAAAGAUGACUCAGGUGCAGAUCGUGUAACAGCGUUUGAAAAGAAAACCAUUUCAAAACAAUUGGCUGUGAUGAGUGCAGGUAAUCAAGGUUUGGAGAACACUGCAGUACUUGAGGAACCUCUGAAAUCUAUCAUUUACAAAAGUCCUGAUACUACUAUCUAUAAUGUAGGAACAAUACAAAGGCAGAUUUCAAAUUUUUCAGCUUUUAAGUUACCAUCUGCAAAGGCAAAUCCUAUUUCAGCACAACCAGCAUUCACUGGAAAUCAUUCUACUCUUUCAGAGGGUCCUAAAAGAAAGCCACCUAGUCCAAAAACACUCCCACCAGCCAAAAAACAGUCUUUUGCUAUAUAUCAAGAGAAAACUGCAUCUUUUGAUCAUUCCUUACCUUUAAGAAGUUCAAAUUUGCCCCCAGUUUCUCCUGCCAUUCUGAACUCCACAGUCAAUUUGAAUCAGUCUGUAAGAGCUGUGAAAAAUGGAAAACCAACUCCCCCUCUGUGUAACUGUGGUCGAAGAGCUAAAAAACUGUAUGUAUCAAAUCCUGGUCCAAAUCAUGGGAAAGCAUUUUUCUGUUGUCCUGUUGGCAGGCAUGAAGGUGGGAAGAAAGGUUGUGGAUACUUCAAGUGGGAAUAUGUGCUUCUAAAAGAGAAAUCUAAUGGUCUUAUCCUGAAUGCAGAUGCUUUGAACUUGCUUGGAACUUCUGCUAGUAAAUUAGGAAAUUCUUCCAACAAAAAAUAUUUGUGUCUUAGACCCUCUAUGAGAACUUGA